ACCCUCAGAGCGACGUGGCCGUAUCCCCAUCGUCCUUGACCCCCCCAGUCCCCCACGGACGAGUAUCGUCCACUUCGCUGCUCCACGGUCCCUAGCUUCCCUCUUCAACUCCUCCUUCAAUGGCUUCCGUACAAGGUUCAGUCCCUGCACUCUCCGCAAUCCGCGCGCGUCGUGAAUCGUCGUCUUCGUCGUUCUCUUCCCUAGGCACGGCUACUCCCCUGGUUUCGUUCGCUAGGUCGCCAGAUACUCACCGCCAACGGUCCGUACGCCCGGGACUUGGCGGGAGAUCCGUACUCAGAGCAAUGGUUCAGCAGGCCGUACACGGAGCUCCGGCGGCUUAUGCCAAGGAAAUGGAGAGGCUUUCCGCUAAAGAAUCCCUUCUUCUCGCCUUUAAAGAUUCUGGGGGUUUUGAGGCUUUAGUAACUGGGAAGACAACCGAUAUGCAGCGAAUUGAUGUGAAUGAGAGGAUAACUGGUUUGGAACGGCUCAAUCCAACUCCUAGACCGACAACGUCGCCUUUUCUGGAAGGUAGAUGGAAUUUUGAGUGGUUUGGCUCUGGGAGUCCAGGACUAUCUGCUGCUAGAUUUAUUUUUGAGAGAUUUCCUUCAACUUUGGCUAAUUUGUCAAAACUGGACGUGGUGAUCAAGGAUGGAUAUGCAAAGAUUACAGCGAAGUUCAAAUUACUGAACUCGAUAGAAAGCAAAUUUGUUCUGUCCACCAGGUUAUCCGUGGAGGGACCGCUUCGAAUGAAAGAGGAAUAUGUUGAAGGGAUUCUGGAGUCUCCAACACUUAUUGAAGAAACACUACCUGAACAGCUUAAAGGUGCACUUGGUCAGGCAUCUAACACGAUGCAACAACUGCCUGUGCCAAUUCGGGAUGCCAUUACCAGUGGGCUGACAAUUCCUCUAGGUGGAACUUUGCAAAGACUAUUUAUGAUCUCUUAUCUUGAUGACGAAAUACUUAUAAUAAGGGAUACUGCUGGAGUGCCUGAAGUUUUGACAAGGUUGGGAUCUCCCCCGUCUCCCUUGGCAGAACCCAUGACAGAAUACGAGAGUUAGGAAUUGUACAUGAAUGAGAACCGAAAAUUUUCUCUACAGUCACACCAUUUUUAGUUAAGAAUUAAUUACAUUUCCUCUCUC